AUGGCGCGGAUAAUUCUGACAUUUGCUUUUUUAAUAUCCGUCACUGCAAAGGGGGAUGAUCAAAACGGUUUAAUAACGGCGUUAGAAGAUAAAUUAGAAAAUAAAUUAGUUUUUUAUGCUAAUAAUUUUGCAAAGUGGUUGGAAAAUGUUAACGAUAGGCAUUUGGGCCAAAGUGAGUUAGGGAAGAUGCUCGAUUAUAAUGGAAUUAAGCCGAAGUUUAAUAAUAUUGGAAGUGAAUCCCGGGGUAUGAAGAAAAUGGCGAUGGUGCUGCUGCCCAUAAUAUUCCACGUGGGCGCCACGUCCACUUGGCUCAUACUGACUGCCCUGAUGGCUGCUAAAUCUGUCGCCAUUGGCAUCAUACUCCUGGUCUUCAAGAUCGCCGUCAGUUCCGCUAAGGUCGCAGCAUUCUUCACGGCGUGGAAGCACAAAAACCAAAAUCAAGAGCAUUCGUGGUCACCACAUUACGAACAUGGUCACUACCGCAGCAUACAUGAUGCUGGUACACACAGCGACUCACCAUACCUCUCCUACAACCCUGGCUGGAACACAGAACAAAAGACUUUAUCGACAAGUUUUAUUCCCGAACCGUAUCACGAAAUUGAUUUGAAACACAGCAUUGAUAAGAAAUCAUAGUGUUCUACUUUUCUAUUUUUAAUUUAUAGUCGACAGACCAAGCACCUGAUUUUAAGUGACAAACCAUUGCUUAUAAAAAGGGCAACACUUGGCAGGGCAUGUCCCACGCAACACGGCCUACAGAGUGCCGUCCUUUGCCCAUCAACCUGGAGCGUUAUUAAGCCUCAUAUGCCUAUAAAUACAUCGGAAACCACGCCUUUCAAACCGAAAAAGCAAAUCUACACAACUAUUUAUGUGUAAAAACAGGAUAACAUGCUCGGGACCCUACGGACCCUUUGAAAUUAAAACCAUAGAUUCUCUUCUUCUUUAAAUGCCUCACCAUUAGUGAAGGUAAGCAGAAACUUUUUUAAACCACUCUUUGUCCAUGGCUAAACUGAAUAUUUCUCCGACUAUAAAUAUUGUAGAAGUAUUAAUAUACUUCUGAAAAGAGGAUAUGCUUUGACAAAUUUAGAAAGUCAAUUUUGACAACUCACUCACACCCAUGAAGUUUUUUGUUUUUUUUUUCUUUAUUCUUUCUCCCUCUG